CCCCCCCUCUCACACACAGGAGACCUGGGCACCGCACUGCCUUGUGGGUAGAACGCUGUCAAGUAGCUGAACGGAGCGGGUUGACGGUCAGGCCACAGCAGUCUGCCGAUUCAUUCCUCAGUCCUAAAUACGUCUUGCCAGUUGCUACCAUGAGGGCUUUCCACCUCCUCCUGGUGCCUGUCCUGCUGCUGCUACUCGCCCUCCCGUACUCCAGGGGGCGCUACAACGACGACUUUGACGACGGCGAGGACAUCGCCGACUUUGACGACAACGACUUUGCCGAGUUCGAGGACAUGAACGAGGACGGCGCCGCCGAGACGGAGACGGCCCCGCCCCCACGGGCAUCUCCAUCUUCAUCACUGCCCGAGGAAGAGGAGGACGAAGACGAGGCCACUGUGGAGCUGGAGGAAGAGCAGGACGGCUUUGAGGAGUCGGACAACAAUGAUCAAGAUAUGUACAGCAACUACGAUCGGGAGGAGUUUGAGGGCAUCGGGGACAAACCGGGCCAUUCCAUGAAGGACCCGCUUAUAAUCCACAAGGUUCCCGCCCACUUGCAGAACAGCUGGGAGAGCUACUACAUGGAGAUCCUCAUGGUGACCGGGCUACUGGCCUACAUCAUGAACUACAUCAUCGGCAAGAACAAGAACAGCCGGCUGGCCCAGACCUGGUUCAACUCUCACCGGGAGCUUCUGGAGAGCAACUUCUCCCUAGUGGGUGAUGAUGGGACCAGUAAAGACGCGGUCAGCACUGGGAAGCUGAACCAGGAGAACGAACACAUCUACAACCUGUGGUGCUCCGGCCGUGUGUGCUGCGAGGGCAUGCUCAUCCAGCUCAAGUUCCUGAAGAGGCAGGACCUUCUGAACGUGUUGGCCAGGAUGAUGAGGCCAGCCUGUGAUCAAGUGCAAAUUAAAGUCACGCUGAACGAUGACGACAUGGACACGUUUGUGUUCGCCGUGGGCACCAAGAAGGCCAUGGCGAAGAUGCAGAAGGACAUGCAGGACUUGAGUGAGUUCUGCAGCGAUAAACCCAAAUCUGGAGCCAAGUAUGGCCUCCCAGAAUCCCUUGCCAUUCUCACCGAGAUGGGCGAGGUCACAGAUGGAGUGAUGGACAGCAAGAUGGUACAUUUUAUUACCAGCCAUGCUGACAAGAUUGAAUCCAUCCAUUUGUCGGACCAAUUUUCUGGUCCAAAAGUUAUGCAAGAGGAGGGACAGCCAUUAAAGCUGCCAGAAACCAAGAAGACUCUUCAGUUUACAUUCAAUGUGCCUGGCAUGGGCAACACCUCCCCCAAAGACAUGGACAGCCUGCUCCCUCUGAUGAACAUGGUGAUCUACAGCAUCGACAAGGUCAAGAAGCUCCGCCUCAACCGAGAGGGCAAGCAGAAGGCUGACCGGAACCGUGCGCGUGUGGAGGAGAACUUCCUGAAGCAGACCCACGCCCAGCGGCAGGAGGCCGCCCAGACCCGCCGGGAGGAGAAGAAGAGGGCAGAGAAGGAGAGGAUCAUGAGCGAGGAGGACCCCGAGAGACAGCGCCGCCUUGAGGAAGCCGCGCAGCGCCGCGAGCAGAAGAAGAUCGAGAAGAAGCAGAUGAAGAUGAAGCAGAUCAAAGUGAAAGCCAUGUGAGACAAGGACCACUACUGGGAUGAGAGGGAGGAGGAGAAGCUGGGGGGGGGGGGGUUACAAGCACACCCAAUGCGCCCCAUGCCGUCCCUCUGCCUGCUCUCACUGCUGUACACACGGUCUCCAACCACGCAACACCCCCUCCUCCCCCCCCCCCAAACACUCCAGACAUUCCCAGCACAAGGGUGUGUCGGCUAGGCUUUGUCUCCAUGGAAACAUGCUUCCUUGUGAGUGUGUCGGGCUGUGGGGGAACGGUGUUUUUGUGUCGAGGCUGACGGAGUAUCACAUCCGUUGCGGCAGAAUCACGGCAACUUUCAUCCCUCCUCCUCCUCCUCCUCUUCCUCUUCCCUCUGGAACAAUCUUUCUCCGAAGUCCGCAAGCGACGUAGCUCAGUGAGCCUUUUAAAUUUGUACUUCCAACCGACACUAUGCGACGGCCAUCUUUUAAAUGUAAUAAAGAACACUGGUUGCUAUUUGAAUCGAUGAGAAUUUGGGAAUCAUCAAAAGAUUAUUCUUUUUUUAUUUAUUAAUAUUUUUGUCAUUGGUUUUUUCAUGGGCUGUGUCUGUCUCUGAUGGAAUGUGCGAACAAAUCGAAUAAAAUGCAUUGACGCUCA